UCGGAAAUUAUUAUCCGAUCACCCCUGAUUGGCUCAAGAUCGGCCUCCGAUCCGAUCAUCUGUUACAGGCCUAGUUUAUGUACAUGAACAUUCAAGACCUAGGGUUGGAGUUAGGAAUAGGGUUAGGGUUGGGAUUAGAGUUAGGGUUAGAACUUGUCAGUAGGGGGGCUUGUCCGAGAAUAAGGAUCGUUUGAUUUGCCUUGCCAAGUAACUGCAACUGUUUUACACUUUGUGUUCUUCUUACAGACUUUCUCUUUAGUCUAGAGCAACUUAUGCAGAUAAACGAAAGACAGGAAUCUGUUACCAAGAGAAUGAUAGAGGUCUAACAUGGCCUCAAUAAGUCAGACUUCAACCAAUCAGUCGGGCCCGCAAAUGGAUAUGAACCCCAGAGCAAUCAACGUGGGUGCAUUCGCAGUCGCCCGAGCCGACGAGAUCAACACCAUGAUGCGGUCGAUCUCGACGAUGGGUUCGGUUCAGCGGACGUUCCAGAAGCUCCCCCGUCACAUACAGAGGCGAGCCAUGAGCCACAAUAUCAAAAGGAUGCCCCGUCGCCUCAGAGAUAUUGCAAGGAUUGAGGUGGAGAAAAAUCCCCAAAAGAAACCCAAAUCUGAUGCUGAUGGAGCUGCGAAAAAGUCACGUCGCCAUCGCAGACGGCCUGGCAAUCUUCGCGAGGAGUAUGCAAAGCGGCAGAUGAGGAAUCGGUGGCUUGAGACGCACAUCUGGCAUGCCAAGCGUUUCAAGAUGGUGGAACGGUGGGGAUGGAAGAUUCCUCUUCAUCCGUCGGAUAAGAGUGCUAGAGCUGCGUACAGAGCAACAGCGAGGCAUUGUGUGAUGAGUGAUAUCUCCUACCAUCAGGUCAUUGAAGUUCAAGGGUCAGAGGUCAAUAUCCUAUCGGCCAUGAAGCACUUGACAAGCCCACAAGUUGGCCUAACGAUGGCUUCCAGAGCAUACCUGCAUGGCACCAGACACGGGGAGGUGCUCCUGUAUCAGAAGGACACCUACCCUCACGGAGCCAUAGGCCCAGUGGACUACCUCUGGCAUUGUGAGCUCCAUGCCUCCCCUCCUGCUGGAGCAGCUGAGAGACAGGAGUUGAAGAGAGAGGAUGGGGUCAACGGAGAUGAUGAGAAGGUGACGACUGACAGGAGACUCUGGAUGUGGGUACAUCCUUCCUGCUGGAGGGAAGUCUUGGAGGAGCUGAAGGGAGUGUGUUCUGAUUACAAUGUGUCUAUAACACCCCUUGAAGAUGAGCUCCUUAGAUUCCGUCUCCAAGGACCCCUGGCCCAUCCCAUCCUCCUAGAUGCCCUCCAGGUUGCUAUGGUAACGCCUCAUGAUAAGCAAGAUGGAGGAAGUGAGAUGUCAUACUGGUGGGAGCAAUACUAUGAGGAUGCCACCCACCUGCAGACCUACAAGCAGCAGAUGGAGACAUGGGCGGGGUUUAGGGAGCUGCAGACGGCCUCUGAGGUACCGACCAACGCCGUGGUGUCGCUGGUCGUCCGAGAUUCUCGUGUCCUACUGCCAAAGAAGAGAACUAAAGUGAUGGUGGAUUCAGAUAAUCUUGCAGAUGAGCCUUCCAAUCAGAGAGCUCACAAGCUUCCUGCAGAGACUAGCAACUCGCCUCUCUGGUCUCCAGUGGUCAGAACGUCUGUGGCUGCAGAACAAUGUCCAAACCAUGAACUAAACCUGCUCAGGUCCAAGCUCCUGGUUCCUGGAACUGACCUGAACCUAGGCCGAUCUGAAGCCCGCAUUCCGGUCCUACUCCUACAUCGCUCUGGGAUCAGGACCUCUGUCGGUAACGAAGGGAACGAGAGUACAGGGAUGCUGGGGUACAGUGGAGGAUGGGACGUUGUGUUGCCACGGAAAUGGGGGAUGCCUUUCUGGAUAGGGUUGGUGUACAGAGGAGCAAGGGCGUGUGGGCUUCGUGAAGCAGGAAAAGUGGCCCUUCAUCGCAGCAUGCCACGGUUCCCAUACGACUACCCUGAUUCUGACGCAGGGUGUGACAUCAGCAAGUCCAUCGCUGAUGACCUGGAGCAGACCUUUUUAAGGAAGCCUCCAGCAAAGAGAUCAAAUCAUGCCAAACUUGGAAUAGCAGCUCCUUUCUGUCCACCAUGGUCACAACUUAUCAUUGAGUGGGGCCUUAAGGAGACUGGUGAUCAGAUCUCAGAGUCUGGAGUAGAUACUUGUGUGAGUAGCAUGCCAGAAGACUGGUAUGUGCUUAGGAACAAGGAGAAGCUUGGUUUGUUUAGGACUGUCAUGCAAGGGUGGUCCAAGAAGGUGGGAGGAGGAGGAGGCAGAAAGCAAGGCAAGUGGAACACCAAAAGUGUGAAAGGUAGCUCAAGAACAGAAGGCAAGGAGUGUCCUGGCCACCUGUCCUUAGAGCCCUUGACCCAAGUGCUUGUCCCUUCGGAGAAGAGAACCAUUGUGUGGGUGGGAUUACGUAUGGUGACCAGGGGUUUCCCAUCCCAGUUUGCGAUCAUCUGUCUUCCCAGUGCCGCAGACCUGGCUGAACUUGGCCGAAAUCCUAACUAUGGUGGCCCAGAAGAGCCUGUGCACAAGGAAUUCCGUCUGAAGAAGAAAAGGAAGUUGGAGAAAGGGCAGAAGGGGUCAAAGGCCAAGAAGGCAAAGGUCGCCCAAGAAAGCAGACCAGAGCCUCCAUCUACACCAGGGGACUUUGGAUUUGUGAUUGAAAGCAAGGAUGAAUUUGGAGGUAGGGAAGUGGGGACGACUAGUGAGUUGGUUUCUAGUGAAUCAAAGGUAGAGAAUUCUGGUUUAAUUAGUGCCGUUGCUUUGAGCAACAAGAGUGACACUGUUAGUGUAGCUGCUGAUACAACCCUGAAGUUGAUAGGUCUCAAAGACUCAAAGCAAGCAACACCUACAACAGGUGUUGAUACAAGUAAAACAAUGACACCAUCAGAACAUUCAUCCCCACCAGCCUCCACUCAUGCUGAAGCAACAGUUAACGCUGCCACCAACACAACUGUUCAGUCGGAAGUAGUAGCUUUCGAGGCAUCAUCCGCUACAACAAAUGUUGAACAUUCUGCUACAGCUGUAAGCAAAUCACCCGCCACUUGCUUGCUGCCCGCACAUCCAGAACUCCUCAAGUCCUGUACCCGUUCAGUCAUAGGCUUUGUGACAAACGGAGCACAGUCCUUCAGCUGCGGCAAGGGGAUGGGUGUGGGGUUCUGUGCCACACUGGGUCUCUUGAACCUGUUGAGGAACUCACCCAGAGGUCGAAAGCUUGUGGUACUGGUGAGAGACGUCCAGAGUUUGCAGUACAGAUUCGCUUAUAUUUAUGUGCCUUCCAGUUAGAUUUAAUAAAAUGGACAUUGAAUGUGAGGUGGCACAAAGGAAUUAUAUUAUAUUUUAUCUAACAAUGUUCAUAUAUUGAAGCUUAGAGAUAAAAUUGAGUUCUGGGGGGUGCUUCUCAAAGAACCAAAGUCGGACUUAACUCUAAGUUGGACUU